UUGCACCUUCACACACUUUCUCGAGACUGCCUUACUCUCCUCACCGAGCGUUCCUGAACCUGCCACAGCCACAAUUCGCCUAUAUCCAUGGCACUUCACUUCAGCUCACCCAUCCCACACAACUCGCACUUCCACAUGUUCCUCCCUCUCACCCCAGCCAUGGAGCCUGUCCCAGCUAUAGGCUUUCCGCUCUUCGCGGACUCGCUACACGCAAGCAAGCGCCUUCGAUCCUUCUCAUCUUCCCCCGUCGCCGUCCCUCCAGCAACUCUCCUCGACACGACCCUGAGCUUAUCCUCCUCUAAUCCCAUCGCCACCCCGCCGCCGUGCCGGCCGUGCCACGGCGCAACAUUGGAACAGUGCUCCCCUGCGCCUUGCGCGCCGUGCGACGGCAACACCAAUGCUGCGCUCCCCUUCCUCGCGAUGCUCCGCCGGUUCAAGCCGCAAGGAGCCCACAUGAUUCCGCAUAUCUCGCACAUGAUCAGCGCCAGCCCGCUCCAGCGGACCAAUCAGCCGCUCGCCACGGUUCAUGCAGCAACUCCCGCCGCAGUUCCCGCCGCGCGCUGUCCGCUCCCGCCUGUGGAAGCCCUCCGCCGCGCCGUGAAACGCUCGCACGCCGCAGCCGGCCUCGACGAGGAGGUUACCAGCCGCCCUCGGGCCGCACUCCCCUCAAAUCUCCCCUCGCAUUUGCCGUCAAAUGCGCUCGCAGCCGGUGCCGCGGCUUCGGGACUCCCGGCAGUGCUUCCGUCCGACGCUGACGUGGCGGAGCGGCUCGUGAAGUACGACAGGCUGACGUCAUCUCUCCGUGGCUCCCUACCGCCCGCGAAUCUCGCGCAGUGGGACAAGGCGGUGGGCAAGCUUAGAGACCGAGUCGCGAUGAAGGAGGAGUUUGGAAACGACGUGAACGGGUUUCUGCUGUUCCUCCACGCGCAGCUCGGCGCGCAGCAGCCGUCGGCGCGCAAGGCGCUUCAGCUGUUCGCGGCAUUCAAGCAGGCGCAGAGGCAGAAGCAGAAUGCGGGAGCCGCCGCGAUGGGAACCGAAGUGUCGGCGGCGGAUUCGCAGCGUGUCUCUGUAAAGGUUCAAGCUCCUUUUCGCGACUACGUGUCGUCAGACGACGACACGACUUCCGUGUGCAGCAACCACCCCGAACCUGCGGAACUGAUAGAGGCUCGGGCCGAGCCUCAGGCUGGCUCGACACUCCCCCGCCUGAACUCAUCUGGUCCCGUGCCUUCUGCUAGCGGGUUUCAAGGGGAGGUGUGCUCGCAGCAGCGGAAUGUCGAGCAGCUGAGGUUGGGUCAGCCGGGUGCUGCCCUCGGGAUUGACGCCACGUGUCCUGCUGUUGCGAAGAAGAUGCUUUUUGAGCUUCAGUCUGCUGUGGUUCAGUUGGAGAGAAAUGCUGCGAUGGACGUGGGGAUCAAGGCGGAGAGCCUUGCCGUCCUGCGGACCGCGCAGAACCAUUUAUUAUCGCGCCUCGCCUCUGUUGUCCGCUCGGUGUAGAUCGGUACUGAAUGGUCCCCAACCGAGCGUGGCGCGUGCCUCAUUGCACGCUUGGAGAGUGCGGGGUGGAUAAUCCUCGUUACAACAAAAAUCGUGCAAGACUCAAGCCUUCUCACUUUGUUGCAAAAGCUGUAGCCGUGAUUUCCGGGAUGCUCCAUGCAUCUCAAUGCUUUUCUUUUUGCUUGCCUGAAAGGCAGCUUCUAUAUCUGGUUUGUAAUUUCAUGUGUAUAAGAAGAAAUGAAUUGUGUCUUC